UUCGAAAACGACCCGCAGUAAAACGACUGGUCACGUGACUUGCCGCGGCAUUCGCUCGUCGAACUUCGGCAGUCGUCGGUGAACCGGCCUUGCGAGCGAGUGUGUCCUCGCACGUUUUGACGAAAUUGCAACAUAAAUGUCAAAUCCAAUAAUUUCGAUUAAAAAAUGUGACAUGUGCAUCUUCGUAACGUAAACAUUCACAGUAACAUUAAGUUUUUAGUGAUCGGUAGUGUGAUUUUGAGUAUUUAGCCAUUUUUGCUCUCCGAUUUUUGAGUAGCAAAAUUUAUAGACCCGGUUCCGUUCGUAUCGUAUUUUCGCUAAACAUUUCAGGUGACUUGGGCCCGCUUAUUUGUCAAUGACAAUGAUAUUUAUUUGGAAUAUAAUAUUGAUCUAGAAUGUGAUGUGUUGUUAGGGAUAAGUUUAAUAGGAUGUUGAUGUGAUCACGAUGGACCGCGUGAGUGGCGUGUGUAGAUUUGGAGGAGUGGUAUCAGCGGUACGGACUACUAGGACCGGCCGCAGUAGGAGACGCCUUACUGGUCCCAACCAGACUCCAGAAGGCAUGCCAGAAGGCCCUCGCCGGGGUCUUGGGGCCAUUCUCGUCCUAGCCUGCAUCUUAGUCUACCACAACUGUCUUUAUUGCGGUUUCGUCUUUGAUGAUAUAAGUGCCAUAAAGGAAAACAGAGACUUGAAGCCUCAAACGCCUAUUUCAAACAUCUUCCUCAAUGACUUUUGGGGAACUCCUAUUCAUAAGGAACAAUCUCACAAAUCGUAUCGCCCUCUGACAGUGUUAACAUUCCGAUGGAAUUACGCCGUGCACGGGCUCCAGCCGGCAGGUUACCACCUCGUCAACCUGCUGCUGCAUGCCCUCGUCUCCUUACUGUAUUACAGAGUGUGCGCGAUGUUCCUGCCAGAGUUCGCCAGUUUCGUUGCCGCCAUCUUGUUCGCUGUACACCCAAUACACACCGAAGCGGUGACGGGUGUGGUGGGCAGGGCAGAAAUGCUGUCCUCUGUAUUCUUCCUAGGGGCCUUGUUGUGCUACGCACGCGCUGCCAGCAGACGACGGUGUACAGACUGGCGCUACGUGGCAGCAUGCACGGCGUGUGUGGGCAUCGCGAUACUUUGCAAAGAACAGGGCAUCACCGUCACUGGCGUUUGUGUCGUCUACGAACUCUUCGUUGCGCAGAAGCGACGGAGUACAGCAGGCGGAAGUCGUUGGUCUUGGCUAGAAGCAUGGGGCAAAGGAUCAGGCUGGGGCAGUGCAUGCGGCGAAGCGGCGAGACGAGUCGCUACAGUUUGCUGCGCGACUCUUGCACUGCUAGCCGCAAGACUGCACGUGAUGGGUGCACAGCUGCCAGUCUUUACUCGAUUUGACAACCCUGCGGGAGCAGCUCCGCCACCGGCCAGGCACUUGACCUUCGCUUACCUACCAGCUCUGAAUGCGUGGCUGUUAACACUACCUGAAGCCUUGUGUUGCGAUUGGACAAUGGGCACUGUAGCUCUCCUUCGGUCGUGGAAAGAUCCCCGUAACUUGGCCACUUUGGCGUUGGCAACUACGCUGGUCGCUGCUGCUAUACAUGCCCUGAGAACCCGGUCUUCAGCUCUGUCUAUGGGUCUAGCUCUUCUCGUCUUGCCUUUCUUACCAGCAUCAAAUCUCUUCUUUCCUGUGGGUUUCGUUGUAGCAGAACGGGUCCUAUACAUGCCUUCUAUGGGCUGGUGCCUACUUGUAGCCCACGGUUGGCGCCUACUCGCCAAGAAAAGAGCGAAACUGGCAGCUGCAGCGCUCAUAUUUCUUCUUUUAGCUUUUAGCGCGAAAACAUAUGUCAGGAAUUGGGACUGGAAGACUGAAUAUUCCAUUUUUGCCUCAGGAUUGAAGGUGAACCGUAACAAUGCAAAAUUGUACAAUAACGUAGGUCACGCGUUAGAAGCAGACGGGAAGUACGCUGAAGCUUUAGAAUUCUUCAACACAGCCGUAUCAGUACAGCCAGAUGACGUCGGUGCUCACAUUAACGUGGGCAGAACUUAUAACCAUUUAGGAAGAUACCAGGAAGCGGAAGAUGCUUAUGUAAAAGCUAAAUCUCUGCUUCCCAAAGCAAAACCAGGAGAGUCGUACCAAGCCAGGAUAGCCCCUAACCAUCUAAACGUAUUCUUAAAUCUAGCCAAUUUGAUAUCCAAGAAUGCAACCAGACUGGAAGAAGCAGACAUGUUAUACAGACAAGCUAUCAGUAUGCGAGCGGAUUACACCCAAGCAUACAUAAAUAGGGGUGAUAUUCUAAUUAAACUGAAUAGGACAAAGGAAGCGCAAGAGGUGUAUGAGAGAGCACUGCUGUAUGACAGCGGAAAUCCUGACAUUUAUUACAAUUUGGGAGUCGUCUUAUUAGAGCAAGGCAAAGCCUCCCAAGCUCUUGCGUACUUAGACAAAGCGCUGGAGCUGGAACCAGAACACGAGCAAGCCCUGCUCAACUCCGCCAUUCUCUUGCAAGAGCUAGGCGCUGCGGACCUGAGGGUUUUGGCCAGGCAGCGCCUUUUGAAACUGCUGGAUAAAGACGCAACAAACGAACGUGUCCAUUUCAACCUCGGAAUGGUAUGCAUGGACGAAGGUGACGCCGAAUGUGCCGAGAGGUGGUUCCGUGCUGCCGUCCAUCUCAAGCCUGACUUCCGAUCAGCUCUUUUCAAUCUGGCUCUGCUGCUGGCUGACAGGCGAAGACCUCUCGAAGCUGCACCCUUCCUCAAGCAACUGGUCAGGCAUCAUCCAGACCACGUGAAAGCGCUCGUGCUGUUAGGCGAUAUUUAUAUCAACUCCGUCAAGGAUUUAGACGCUGCUGAAAGUUGCUAUCGCCGAAUCCUCGAGUUGGAACCCGACAACGUGCAGGCGCUCCACAAUCUGUGCGUCGUCGCGGUUGAGCGCGGCAAGCUGGAAAUCGCCGAAGAGUGCCUCACCCGCGCCGCAGCGCUCGCCCCCCACGAGAACUACAUCCAAAGGCAUUUGGCUGUAGUGCGAGCGAGACGGGCAGCCGCGGUCGCUUCCACUUCCAAACCCCCCAACCAAGCUUCAACAACUCCCACGGCCACGACUGAAGUGCGAGCGAGAUGGAACUACAUCCCUCAACAGCCCCCUGAUCCUCACGAAAUUGAUGACGCCUCAUAGCGAACUCUUUAAGACUUGGAAACUGACGAUGUAAAUAAAAUUGUUUAAAAAAUUCUUGAACACCAAACGUCGAACGGCCAGUAUAAUAUACCUAAAGUUUAUUUCUUGUAACAAUCAGGGUAACUUGUUCUCGAGUUAAUUUUCUGGUCUAGUGCACACGGCAAUUUAUUUUCAGAUUAAUUUCUACUUCUAAACCCAAUCAACACCAUGCACGUUUUGAAAUGAUUACAAAUUAUGUAUUAAACGAGUACUUAUCCAAGAUCGCGCCAAGCAUUUAUUAAUCUUUAGUCAUUUUUGAUCUCAUAGUUUUGCAUAAUUGUGGCGUUUCGUGAUAUUAGUUUAAUUAUGAUGAAAAUUAAUAACGUAGAAAAUGGAACGAGCUUUCAUCUAUUAGCCUGGUAUACGGACAUUUUGUGUGUAAAUUAAAACUGGAACAAUAACAUAGAUGAGACUUACAGUUUCCUAUAAUCUUUGUGUAAUAGUCAUUACAGAUGCUAAUUCGUAUAAUACCUAAUUGUAAAAUGCGUUGUUAUAAAUGUUGAACCAACCCAUGCUUCGGUAGGCGUUGGGAAUAAUGUAGCAUAGGAAACCCCCCGCGUAAUGCCAUCCCUUCAUAAUAAGUACUACCAGAAUAAAAAUACAGAUAAGCAUAAUUUUGCUGUUGUAUGUACUAUACAUUUUUCCAUAAUAUUUUGUACUUAUUAAUUGUGCAUUUAUGGAUCUGCGCUGUUUGACAAUGUUUCGUAACAUUACGUAAAUUUAUCGCAUGCUCCAAGAUCAAUGUAACGCCCUUACUAAAAAAAUUAUUACAUACGAAAAUUACGGGGAAAAGGACAUAACUGGUACGUUUUAAAAUUUUGAGAUUUCCAUAAAAUUUUUAUAGGGCAUGUAUUUAAAUGCUCAUUUUAAAUUUGCAAAAGCAGCAGGCAAUAAAACCUAAAAACUGUCAUCUUUUUUAAUGAUUGAUGCUUUUUCUCAAUGACAUUGAUAUAAAUUAAAUCAAUAUAUAUUUUAAUUUGUUUUGAGCUAAUGUUUAAUUUGUAUAAAUUAACUUUGAUAGUUUCAUGUUGAGCCUCAAUACUCAAACAAAUGAGCAUUACAAAAACCUGAAACCACGUUCGGAAACGCAAGCAAAAUUCGCUUCUGGCACUCGCUGGCCGCAUACUAAAUCUGACUUCAAGAUAAUAAGAGAGAAUAGAAACCUAAGCACAAGCUCAGACAGGUGAAAAUAACGUUGCCCGCUGUGUGCAGCCGAAUGCUCAUAAAUGAGACUUGUAUGGGCGCUUGUGUCGACGUCGGUACACUCAGCGGUAGGCACUUAUCGCGUAACCUCGAGCGAGUGACGGAGCCAGGGUCCGCUCUAGGUACUAAUACUGAAACCUCUCUUUUGAAAAGUUGUCAUUUGACAAAUGUGGCCUUAUUAUAGCAAUGAUGCGAGUUAUAUAGUUGCCCGGAGAUUUGGGCUCCACAAAAAUCGUACAGGAAAAAUAAGUAAUAAAAUAAAAAUAAAUUUUCUCCGAAAUAAUUGUGUACCAUGUAUAUAAUGUACCACGUCCGUUCCCUGUAGUCUUUUACAUACGGAGCAUGUAUAACGUUAUAGCAUACGUAUGUAAUAAGCAAAUAUGCCUCACUCGCAAAUCGAAACUAUUAUGGGCGCGACAGCCAUUAUCCUACUACUUGAAAGACUGCUUCAAGUUGGUAAACAGUUUUGGUAUCAAAGGAUUAAAUCUUUCAACUCCAUUGCAGACAGGUUCGUAUAUAUAAAACCGACUGUUUGAUAAUUUGUAUAAUAUAAAAUAACAACCAAUGCGUUGAUUGCCACGGUCCUGACUGUAAGUGUGAAUUGUAUGGGAGAUAACCAGCCAAGGUACUUUAAUAUGGAAAUCAUAAGUCGACGAGUAGAAAAACUAAAGGUUAUUUUCGUAAACGCUAAUGUUAACAUUGUGUAAAAAUUAAAGUGAUCGACCGUUAUUAGAUAUUAGCUGUGAAAAAAAUGUAACGUUGUUAAUGUUUUAAGAUAAAAAGUAACUUUUGUAAAAACUGAAUUUUUUACAAUGUCUUGAAACAUUUCUGGCGAGGACACUGACGGGAGUUUGGAUUCGUAAGGACCCCGUGUAUUA